UCAGCCAGUUAGACUUCCGUUAGCUUGAAGCGACGACGAGCUCACGGUUGUCUGAUUAAAACACUAAUUUCUCCUGUUAUUUAGGUUAUACCUUCGACCAGGCAGUCAUGUCUAGUCGCGAAGCCCUCAACAUGAAGCUACCGCCGAUCCAGUCCACGGCCGGAGCCGUGCCGGUCCGGAAUGAUAAAGGUGAGCUGUCCAUGGAGAAGGUAAAGGUGAAGAGGUACGUGUCCGGUAAACGUCCAGACUAUGCACCCAUGGAGUCAUCAGAUGAGGAGGAGGAGGACUUUCAGUUUGUGAAGAAGGGGAAGGAGAUGGAGCCUGAGAUGGAACUGGAGGAAGAGGAGGUCUCUGACCCACGUCUUAGACGCUUGCUCAACCGUGUCUCUGAGGAUGUGGAGGAGAGGCUGGCGAGACACAGACAGAUUGCAGAGCCUGAAGUUGUAGCUGAAAGCAGCGAAGACUCUGAUGAAGGCACGUGGCACCCAGAGCGCGAGGAGAGCAGCGAUGAAGAAGAGGAAGAAGAAGAAGAAGUGGAUGAUGAGGAAAUUGAGCGCAGACGAGCAAUGAUGCGUCAGCGAGCCAUUGAGCGUAAGAAUGAAGAGAUGGAGGUGAUGGAGGUGGAGGAGGAAGGGAAGUCAGGGGAGGAGUCAGAGUCUGAGUCUGAAUAUGAAGAAUACACAGACAGCGAGGAUGAAGCAGAACCUCGACUCAAACCUGUCUUCAUACGAAAGAAGGACAGAGUCACAGUGGCAGAGCGUGAAGCAGAGGAACAGAGGCAGAGAGAGCUGGAUGCCGAGGUGAAGAGGCAGGCGGAGGAGCGGCGGCGCUACACCCUCAAGAUCGUAGAGGAGGAAGCCAAGAAGGAGUUUGAGGAAAACCGACGCACGCUGGCCGCUCUGGAAGGUCUGGACACUGACGGGGAGAAUGAGGAGGAGGAAUACGAAGCCUGGAAGGUCAGAGAGCUGAAACGCAUCAAGAGGGACCGAGAGGCACGAGAAGUCAUGGAGAAGGAGAAGGCAGAGAUCGAGAGAUUCCACAGCCUGACGGAGGAGGAGCGCAGAGCUGAAAUCCGAAACAGCGGCAAAUUAAUCACCAACAAAGCCAGCAAAGGGAAAUACAAGUUCCUGCAGAAGUACUACCACAGAGGAGCCUUCUUCAUGGAUGAAGAGGAGGACGUGUACAAGAGAGACUUCAGUGCACCGACUCUGGAGGAUCACUUCAACAAAACCAUUUUACCCAAAGUCAUGCAGGUCAAAAACUUUGGUCGUUCUGGACGCACCAAGUACACUCACCUGGUGGAUCAGGACACCACGUCGUUUGACUCUGCAUGGGCACAGGAGAGCGCUCAGAACAGCAAAUUCUUCAAACAGAAGGCAGCAGGCGUGAGGGACGUGUUUGACCGGCCCACAGUGAAGAAGAGGAAGACUUAAGAUGUAAUACAUGCAGCUCCAUCUCUGUUCAGUCUCUGAAGCUGCACGGCGCUCCAGAUAAAGUCCGUUACCUCCAUGUCAGGAUAAGAAAAGACUGCUCUGAUAAAAUGUAUCUAUCAGGAAGAUUUUUUUCAACAUCAGUUUGUUUAAAGACAGAAAAUACAAGGAGCAGGUGUUUUAGACUUAUUAAUGACCACAAUAUUUUAAUGAGGGCUAAUGGCUGCAAAUAGGGCUUAGAUUACUCUAAAUUAUUCGGCAUUCUGCAUUUGAGGCUGGCUACCCACGAGAUGAUUUUCAAAUCUUGAAUCAGAUGUGACUCAAGAAGAAAAACAAACAUACAGGACGAUGGAUUUUGUUGACAAGACGUCCUUUUGCCACUAAAUAUGUUGAGAAGAAAAUGGGUAAAAUCCUGUCUGAGAAAGCAGUGUAGUUUGUUUGUGAGCUGCAAAGGAUGCAACAUCCCAUUAGAGAUGUUUCCUGGUCUACUUGCUGCCAUUGUUUAUUGUGGAUGCUCUGUUGGAGACGGCUUGAUCUGGAUUUGUAGAUAUCAAAGAAUCGUAUCAACACCACUGAAGGAUUGUUUGUACUAAUGGUUGAUCACAGCAUAGCUCAAAUCGGGCCAUGUCCAAUGAUCGUUUCAGGGGGAAGUUGAGCUUAAAAUCAUUAAGUACAUAGCUAGACUAAAGCCUGAUUUAUGCUUCUUUGUCAAAGCUACGCAGUAGCCCACAACAUAGGUAUGAGAAGGAACCCUGAACCCUACAGAGGCCUGUGCUUGUAGCUGGCGUGCAUCUUCUCAAAAGUGUAUCCAUGUCAGACGUUGACUACAAGCCUUGUUUGGUCUGCUGAGUUGCACUGGAGAUUAACAGUAAUGCCUACAGCCAUAUUUUAAGUACUCUGCUGCGAGAUCAAUGCCUGCAAAUAUCAGACGUCAUCCAUGUCUCUCUGUGGCCAAAUGAGUGCAGAAAUUCCCGUCCUCUGCCUCAGCUGAUCCAGCAGACGUACCUUCCAUCUUCUAUAACUGCAGAAUCAACUGCUGAUCAGUAUUUCAUAAUUCCAACAUAAUAUGCUCUGUUGUAGCCAACAUGGUUUCCUGUAAAAACUGGUAGGAAAUGUGGCCGCAGGAUCGGGAACUGGCCUUAAAAUCGCACCGUUGAGUACAUGUUGUGGACGUACCAUUGCACAUGCAUGUAGUGCUCAUAACUCUCAGUAAAAUCCCCUUUGUAUGAAAUACUAAGGUUUGUGACUUUUGGUACACUUAGCAGCCAGAUCAAGUUGCAUUCAUAUUGUAACAUAAUACACAGAUCCUUGUGCUGAUUCUGUUUUUUUCCCUCACUUUUGUCAAACCAGUGCUGUUUUAACUUCCUUUUUUGUGAAUAAAAAUUUGUAUUUUGA